AUGAGUUCUAAGUCAACCUCACGCUAUGCAGAUCUGGAGAAGCCCAAGAAGAAAAAGACACUCAGUUCCACCAGCCUAGUUUCCAUACCGAACACAAUCAAGUUAAGCAUGUUGAAUAGCGGUUUAAUUUCAUUAGAUAAAGUUAAAUUAUCAGCCAGAGAUGAGAAAAACCCGCUCUCGCAGACGAUGCCGGACAAACCGACCGAGCUGCGACACUUUAGCAAACUGUGCGAGCAGCGGCGAAAGUUUCCCAUCCUCUACAAGCUCGAAUUCCAGACGGCUGUGAAGGUGGAGACCAAUACCUGCCGGCACGCGACACGCAAAGCCAAUGCCCACAAGAACCAAAAUCCCAAAUGCAUUCCAUACGACUACAACCGGGUCGUGCUCGGCAAGUACGAAAACAUCCCAGACACCGACUACAUCAACGCGUCCUAUGUCGAUAGUUUACUGAAACCCAAUGCAUACAUCGUAACACAGGGACCAACCGAGGAGACAGUGUUAGACUUUUGGCGGAUGGUGUGGCAGGAGAACUGCAGCGCAAUUGUGAUGUUAACGAAAACUUUCGAUUUUACCAAAGUAAUGUGUGUUCAGUACUGGCCACCCAACCGGGAAAAGGAGGAAAUCUACGGCGACAUUCACAUCAAAGUGCAAUCCGAAGAAGAGCUAGCUAAUUUCCAUAUAAGAACGUUUAGGUUAUUUAAAGUGAACAAAGACAACGUAAUGACGGAGGAGCGUUUCCUGCUGCAGUUUCACUACACCGAAUGGCACUCGCACACCUGCCCCUUCUCCAAUGCGAUCCUCGAGUUCCGACGAAGGGUCCGCUCCGUCGUGGGGACAAUCAUCAAGGCAAACAGCCAGGUUGGUCCGAUGCUGGUGCAUUGCAAUGACGGCGGAGGGCGAUCCGGGGUGUACCUGGCAAUCGAUGCCAACAUGGAACUGGCCGAAGAGGAGGACUCGUUUCACGCGUUUGGUUAUCUGAAAAAGUUGCGACAGUCUCGGAAAGGCCUUAUCGAAAAUGUGGAACAAUACAAGUUCGUAUACGACACAUUGGAGGAGUUUGUGAUCUGCGGCAAUUCGUGGUUUCCGGUGAAGGAACUGUCGCAGCGGUUGAAGGAGAAGAGCCUCAAAGAUAACGUAUCGAAAAUGAACUCCUACCAAAAGGAGUACGCUCAGAUUUGCAAACAGACGCCCCGGUUCACCAUUGGAGACUGCGCCGGGGGCCACCGCGGUGACAACCGGGAUAAGAACCGAGACGUGCUCUGUGUACCACCUGACAACUUCCGUCCUUACCUUACCUCGUUUCAGGGAAAUUCAUUUACCGACUACAUUAACGCUGUAUUUGUAGAUGGCUACACCAAGCCUAGAGAGUAUAUAGUUACCGAGUGGCCCUUACAGAAAACCUGCGGAGAAUUCUGGUCCUUAGUGUACGAUCACGAAUGUUCCGCGGUCGUCGUCCUCUGUCAACCACCUCAAAACUCGCAACAAUAUCCUUCCUGCUGGCCCGAGGGUCGCCAUUCGAAAAAGUACGGUCCGGUCUUUACGAUCGAUCACAUCUCGCACAACCACUACGCCAACAUCAAGUCGUGGGUCUUCCGAAUCAACAAGAAGGUGAUCUCGCUGACGGAACUGAUGGCCGGUGUGAAAGCUCCACCCAGAACGGUACAGCUCUUUCAGCUGAUAUGCUGGCCCAUGGGACACAAGGUGCCAACAUCCACGAAUUCGUUGGUGGAGCUGAUGAACAUGGUCGAACGGUGGAGGCAGAAAACCGACUACGGUCCAGUUUGUGUCGUAUCGCCAGACGGUCGCAGCCGAGCCGGAGUGUACUGUGCGGCGAACGCGUGCAUCGAGCAGGUCAUUCAGCACGGCGAGGUGGACGUAUUUCAGGCGGUCAAAACGGUCCGAAGGCACCGGCCCCAGCUGGUGGACAAUAUGACUGAGUAUAAAUACUGCUACGAUUUAGUUUUACACUACGUUCUACACUAUUUGAAUAAAGACUUGAAGGAAAAGAAGUGAGAAUGCGAAUUACACGAUGAUCUGUGGUUUAUCGAAUUUGGCCGGGGCAAAAGCAUCCCGCUGACCCCCGAGUACUCAAAUUCCGAACUCUCCAAAGAACUAUCGAACGCAGGUCGUGUAAUCGUGGAAAAGUCAAUCAGAAAACUGCAACGAGGAGAGUGCUACGACCGUGGUCAAUCGUUUGACGACAAAA